AUGCGUGUAACUCUUGCGUUUUGUGUCCUCGCCGUUGUCUUCUGCGUCAUCAUUGAGGGAGAAGCCAACUACAGGAAACCACCAUUCAAUGGAUCCAUUUUUGGGAAAAGAGGAAACGUUGUUGAAUACGACUCAACUGGUAGAGCUUUGAAUGCUCUUUGCGACAUAGCUAUGGAGACCUGCCAAGCAUGGUUCCAAACCAUCGAGAGUAAAUAG